CCGCUUCCGGGCGCGGCGGCGAUGGCGGAGGAGGCGGCGCGGCGGGCGGUGGCGGAGCUGCCGCUGCUGCGGACGGCGGCGGGGCCGCGGGACCGGGAGCGGUGGGCGGAGAGGCUGAAGGAGGAGUACCGGGCGCUCAUCCAGUACGUGGAGAACAACAAGAACGCCGACAACGACUGGUUCCGCCUCGAGUCCAACGCCGAGGGCACCCGGUGGUUCGGGCGCUGCUGGUACAUCCACGAGCUGCUCAAGUACGAGUUCGCCAUCGAGUUUGAUAUCCCGGUGACGUACCCCAGCACCGCCCCCGAGAUCGCCAUCCCGGAGCUGGAUGGGAAGACGGCCAAGAUGUACAGG